AUGGCGGGGGUUAACGGCGACCGGAAGGGGAAGAGAGAUGAUAACGGGAUGGGGACGGCCAUCGACUUCGUCCUGUCCAACGCCAAGCUGGUGCUGGGGGUUGGAGGGGCCGCCAUGCUUGGCAUCGCCACACUGGCAGUCAAACGAAUGUACGAUCGGACCGUAAGCGCUCCCACUAGCCCCACCCACAAGAUGGAGCCCGGUGGAAAACGGAGCUGGGAGGAACCUAAUUGGCUGGGGUCGUCGCCGCGGCUACUGAACCACGACAUGAAGUCUACAGUGAGCCGGUCUCUGCAGACACUACCUACUUCCUCCAACGCCUUUGAACCAGACCGCGGGCGGAGGGUCCCGCGGCGGGGGGCCGGGGCGGGGCCGGGGGACCUCCACCGGGCGCGGCUGCGCCUCUCCCUGCAGGAGCGGCUGUGGUCCUUUUACCGCCAGCGCGUGCUGAUCCCCGCGGAGGAGCAGGCCGCCGCCCGCCGGGCCGCCCUGGACAUCUGCGCCGAGCUCCGCACCUUCCUGCGCGCCAAGCUGCCCGACAUGCCCCUCAGGGAGAUGUACCUGAGCGGGAGCCUCUACGACGACCUGCAGGUGGUGACGGCGGACCACGCCCAGCUGAUCGUUCCCCUGGUGCUGGAGAAGAACCUGUGGUCGCCCGUCCCGGGGGAGGACACCAUCAUGAACGUGCCGGGCUUCUGGCUGGUGCGGCGGGAGAACCUGGAGUACUUCCCCCGGGGGAGCAGCUACUGGGACCGCUGCCUGGUGGGGGGCUACCUCUCCCCGAAGAGCGUGCUGGAGGUCUUCCGCAAGCUGGUGGCCGGCUCCAUCAACUGGCCGGCCAUCGGCAGCGUGCUGGACUACGUGAUCCGGCCGGCGGUGCCGGCGGAGUCGCUGGCGCUGGAGGUGCAGUACGAGCGGGAGCGCCGGCUGGUGGUGGACGUGCUCCCGCUGCUGGCGCUGGACGACGGCCUGUCGCUGGCGGCCAGGCCCCACCGCCGCGCGGAGCGGCACGAGAACCUGUGGCGGCAGAGCUUCCGCGCGGCCGAGACCGCCCGGCUGCGCGCGCUGGACCAGGAGGACGGCGGCUGCCGCUGCCAGUGCCUGAAGGUGCUGAAGGCCGUGUGCAAGCUCACGCCCGCCCUGUCCCGCCUCGGCGCCGGGCAGCUCACCAGCGCCCUGCUGCCGCUCGCCGAGGGCCCGGGGGACUGGGGCCAGGGCGCGCUGGCCGAGCGCUUCCUGGAGCUGCUGCGCGCGCUGGUGGGACACCUGGAGGCCGGGAGGCUGCCCUGCGCCCUCUGCCCCAGGGUGGACCUGUUCUGCGAGCUCACCCCGCAGGAGGUGGACGAGCUGGGCUACACGCUGUACUGCGCCCUGUCCGACCCCGAGGGCCUCCUGCGGACCGCGUGACCCCCCCCCCACCCACCCCCCAAACCCGCUCGGCUGGCUUCAGGGUCUUUAGGAACACGGGAAGGUCUCUCCAGCACUCCCUCAGAGGAGAGGUCUUGUACAUUUCUCACUGUGAGGGAGAAUUUCCCACGAUGCCUCUGCCAACAGAUACAUUUCAUAUUUCUGUUCGCGUUUUUUAAGGUUUUUGUUUUUGUAUUUAUGCUCCAGCUUGUGUGUUAUGAGUGUGCGGGUUUUCACCCCAUGAUUCCAUCUCAAUGGCUGUAACUCUGCCGGCCUUUUUUUCCCCUUUCAAACCCAAAGCAUUUGACAGCACUCGAGCGAGAACAGGGCACAGGAGACCUGAGGACAGAGAACAGGUGACAUCCAGUCAGAAAGAAACGCUUUGUGGGUUGGGUUCAAUGGGCUGUUGUAACCACAGCUCCUGAAAACGGUGUCUCAGUUCACUUGUGGUCAGACGGCCAGUGUGAUGCAGCCCAUGUGUGAAGGUCACUUCCUGUUUCUGAGAUGAAAGUGUAUUAGUGGGGAUUUCCACCGGCUGCCUGAACACACUUUUGCUUCCUUGGUGUCUGAGCUGCUGAAAAUAAGUAAUAAUUUAAAAAAUAUAUCAUUCCCCAAUAGAACCUAAAACAUUUAUUGGGCCGUUUUGUUCACUUUAAAGCAUAUUGGUCCCAUCUGGAUGGAUGGAGACUUUGUUGACGGGGCUAAUCCUGGAGUUACAAUGGUGAUUGUGUUACGCGAGGCAUGAGAUUAGCUGUAAGCCAAGGGAUCACGAACAGCAGGAAGCCCUGUGAAUGAUGGGUAUAUUUUAAUUUUGAUCUCAAAACUGAACAGUAGAGCUGCAAGUCACGCCCCAUUAUUUUGCCGAUAGAUACCAUUUCUACAGGGAAAGUGUGUGUGUGUGUGUGUGUGUGUGUGCGCACAGGUGGAGUAGUUUGACAUUUCUGGUCAAAUUACCAAAAAAAUUGCAUGGAUCAAUAGGUAAACGCAUUGUCACAUAAGGAAAAUGUGUUUUAAAAAAAAGGUUAUGCAUUUUUUUAAAUAAAAAAAACCCGAGCUACUUCCACUACAACGAAAAGGUUAUUUGCAACUUCACACGUACAAAAGAUCAAAGUUAAGAUCUUGGUAGAUAAAAAUCUUUGGCGAGGUAGGGGCAGACCUCUAAAAAGUGACUAAUAACAGAAAUGUUCUGUGUGGUUUCUUGCGAGGUUUUUCCGAUGUCAACCCUCAACCCUUGCCAUUUUGACACUUCGCAGUGCGUUUCCUGAGGUGUCACGAUGCAGGAAGCUGACUGUGGGCUCUUUAGCAACGCUAUUUCUGAAAUGCGGCCAGCAACCGUUGUCAAUGGCAACAGGCGACCUGCGAAGGGACCCGGGAACAGUGGAUGAGCGGCGUUUGAAUUUGUCCGUACUUUAAACUGUAGCACGUUUUUCCUGUCUUCUGUUUCGCACUGCCCACAUGGAGCUCUGUGUCCAGUCCUGGAUUUAAAAAAAACAAUUAAAAAUGGGAAGAUUUCUCUUGACUACUGCAUUGAUGCAACCCCUGGGAUAAAAAUAAAACAAUGGAUUUAUACCACAUCACACCUCA